AUGGGACGAACGUUCCGAGUGUAUCUGGCGGGCGAAUAUGUUUACUGCUGUAGGGUAUGCGGAAAUCACCUGGCAGUAUCUGAGAGCGUCAUAUCGACUCAAUUUCGUGGUCAACAUGGAAAAGCAAUGCUGAUCCGUCAUACGGUAAACGUGUACACUGGCGAACCGGGAGAUCGAGAGAUGAGCACAGGCAAGCAUACAGUACGAGACUUGUUCUGUAAAGUGUGUCAUACUACACUAGGGUGGAAAUAUGACUUUGCCCAUGACCCCGACCAGAAGUACAAAGAAGGUCGCUAUAUCCUGGAAAGGGAAAUGAUCACAGAAGUACCAGAGGGAAAACGUGAAACAGGGAGACCAAAGAUUGAAGAGAUAUCUGUGAGAGAGCUCAUGGCGAGGGUGUAA